CGCCAUUUUAUUUUGAAAAUCAAACUAAACUGGAGGCGCUGCAACCCUUCCAUUUCAUCAAGUUUGUUGUGGGGAAACUAGAAGGAAUGACGAUCUGAAUUACUUUACUGGAAGCACGAUGCUGUCCAUGGUUUUAAACUGAAGGAUUCUACCUGCUAGCACUGGGAGCCACAGAUCGGAGCACACAUUUGGAAGACAACAAUUGUCGCACCUUUUGGGGGGGGGGAGCAGAAGUAACCUAUCACUGAAGUGACUAAAGGGGAAUAAUGGUGAUUUUGCGCCGUGCUCGGCUGCCUGCUUCCGCCCCAACCAGCAAUGAAUCUUGACUCGCUCUCGCUGGCUUUGUCUCAAAUCAGCUAUCUGGUGGACAAUUUAACGAAGAAAAACUACCGAGCCAGCCAGCAAGAAAUACAGCAUAUUGUAAAUCGUCACGGUCCUGAGGCAGACAGGCAUUUACUACGCUGUCUCUUCUCCCAUGUGGAUUUCAGUGGCGAUGGUAAAAGCAGUGGCAAGGACUUUCACCAGACACAGUUUCUGAUUCAGGAGUGUGUGUCGCUGAUAUCAAAGCCAAACUUUAUCUCUACUCUCUGCUACGCCAUCGACAAUCCCCUGCACUACCAGAAGAGUUUGAAGCCAUCUGCCCACCUGUUUACUCAACUGAGUAAAGUACUUAAACUCAGCAAGGUUCAAGAGGUAAUUUUUGGCCUUGCUCUGCUUAACUCCAGCAACACAGAUCUUCGGGGAUUUGCUGCACAGUUCAUCAAGCAGAAACUUCCCGACCUUCUGCGGUCAUACGUUGACGCAGAUCUCGGAGGAAAUCAGGAAGGUGGCUUCCAAGACAUUCCCAUAGAGGUGUUGCACCUGCUGCUCUCCCAUCUACUGUUUGGACAGAAGGGAGCCAGUGGGGUAGGGCAGGAGCAGAUUGACGCCUUCCUUAAGACACUUUGCCGAGAUUUCCCCCAAGAGCGCUGUCCUGUGGUGCUCGCACCACUGCUGUACCCUGAAAAACGGGACAUUCCCAUGGACAGGAUCUUACCAGACUCCGGGGAGUUAGCUAAGACCAUCAUGGAGAGUUCUCUUGCAGACUUCAUUCAGGAAGUUGGUUACGGCUUUUGUGCCAGUCUUGAUGAAUGCAGAAACAUAAUCCUCCAGUAUGGGGUGAGAGAGGUGACAGCCAGCCAGGUAGCCAGAGUUCUGGGAAUGAUGGCCCGGACGCACUCCGGCCUGUCUGACGGCAUCCCACUUCAGUCCAUUUCUGCUCCAGGAAGUGGAAUUUGGAGUGAUGGUAAGGACAAGAACGACGGCUCGCAGGCACAUACGUGGAAUGUUGAGGUUCUCAUUGACAUUGUCAAAGAAGUGAAUCCCAACCUGAACUUCAAAGAGGUGACAUACGAACUGGACCACCCCGGAUUUCUGAUCCGGGACAGCAAGGGCCUGCAGAUCGUGGUGUACGGGAUCCAGCGGGGGUUGGGAAUGGAGGUCUUCCCUGUUGAUCUCAUUUACCGCUCAUGGAAACACGCAGAGGGACAGCUGUCGUUUAUUCAGUACUCUCUGAUGAACCCAGAAGUGUUCUGCUUUGCUGACUACCCAUGUCACACUGUGGUCAUUGACCUCCUUAAAGCCCCACCUGAGGAUGACAACAGGGAGAUUGCUACAUGGAAAAGUCUGGACUUGGUGGAGAGUCUCCUCAGACUCUCUGAGCUUGGGCAAUACGAACAGGUGAAGCAGCUCUUCAGCUUCCCCAUCAAGCACUGCCCGGACAUGUUGGUGUUGGCUCUACUGCAGAUCUCCACCUCCUGGCACACGUUACGCCAUGAGCUCAUUUCCACUCUCAUGCCCAUCUUUCUUGGCAACCACCCCAACUCUGCCAUUAUCCUGCACUACGCCUGGCAUGGACAGGGUCAGUCUCCUUCCAUUCGUCAGCUGAUUAUGCAUUCGAUGGCUGAGUGGUACAUGAGAGGGGAGCAGUAUGACCAGGCCAAACUGUCUCGCAUCCUGGAUGUGGCCCAGGACUUGAAGUCUCUAUCGAUGCUGCUGAAUGCUACUCCGUUUGCCUUUGUCAUUGACCUCGCUGCACUCGCCUCUCGCCGUGAAUACCUCAAACUUGAUAAAUGGCUGACUGACAAAAUCCGGGAGCAUGGAGAACCGUUCAUCCAGGCAUGUGUUACGUUUCUGAAGAGACGCUGCCCAUCCAUCAUGGGAGGUCUGGCUCCUGACAAGGACCAGCCCAAAAGUGCCCAGCUGCCCCCGGAGACUUUAGCCACCAUGCUUGCCUGUUUGCAGUCAUGUGCAGGGAGUGUGUCCCAGGAAUUGUCGGAGACAAUCCUCACCAUGGUUGCCAACCGUAGCAAUGUAAUGAAUAAAGCUCGGCAGCCUCCACCAGGAGUGAUGCCGAAGGGGCGCGCCCCAAGCACCAGCAGCCUGGAUGCCAUCUCACCUGUACAGGUAUCGGCAUGUGACAAACAAACGAUGGACACUCUGACUGGCAUAAGCGCCUUGAGUCUGGGCAGCACCGCCACCUCCCACACUCAAAGCAUGCAGUGCUUCGCCACCUCACUGAGCUCGGCUCUCAGUAACCCUCUGUCCCCCUCAAAGGCCUUCCCUCCUCUUCCAAACCCGAACCCAACCACACCUUUUGGGGUUCAUAGCAGUAUCAGUUCCCAGCUUCCUGGUAUGGACUCUGCCAUCGGCUCCAGCAUCGGCUCCAGCAUUGGCUCCAGCAUCGGCUCCAGCCUGGGAAUGCCGUCAGUCAGCUCGGAUCCCUUCGUCACCAGGAAGAUGAGCACACCUGUCCUGAACCCUCCUACCUUUCAGCAGAGUAAGAUGAAGGCCUCUGAUCUUUCUCAGGUGUGGCCAGAGGCUAACCAGCACUUUAGUAAGGAGAUCGACGACGAAGCAAACAGUUACUUCCAGCGUAUCUACAACCACCCACCUCACCCGACCAUGUCUGUGGACGAAGUUCUGGAGAUGCUACAGAGGUUUAAGGACUCGACCAUCAAGCGAGAACGAGAGGUGUUCAACUGCAUGCUUCGAAACUUAUUUGAGGAAUACCGAUUCUUCCCUCAGUACCCGGACAAAGAACUGCACAUCACUGCCUGCCUCUUUGGUGGCAUCAUUGAGAAGGGUCUGGUCACCUACAUGGCGCUGGGUCUGGCCCUGCGAUACGUUCUCGAAGCUUUACGGAAACCAUUCGGAUCCAAAAUGUAUUACUUUGGAAUUGCUGCACUGGAUAGAUUCAAAAACAGACUUAAAGACUACCCUCAGUACUGUCAACACUUGGCUUCAAUUGCUCACUUUUUGCAGUUUCCACACCAUUUACAAGAGUGUGUGCAGUAUAUCGAGUAUGGCCAACAGUCACGUGACCCUCCGGUGAAGAUGCAGGGAUCCAUCACUACACCUGGAAGCGUCGCCCUGGCCCACGCUCAGGCUCAGUCCCAGCAGCCGCCCAACCUCAAAGCCCCCCAGCCGGGCCAGCCCAGUACACUGGCUACCACCACCACCACCACCACGACCACUGCAGCCAAAACAGGCACCAUCUCAAGGCCCACGCAGAGCACCUUCAAGAAGGAUAUGCCUCCUUCCAUAAACACUACCAACAUCGACACACUUCUGGUAGCGACGGAUCAAACCGAACGGAUUGUAGAACCUCCAGAGAAUGUCCAAGAGAAGAUUGCUUUCAUCUUCAACAACCUUUCUCAGUCCAACAUGACACAGAAGGUAGAGGAGUUGAAGGAAACGGUGAAGGAAGAGUUUAUGCCGUGGGUGUCUCAGUACCUAGUGAUGAAGCGCGUUAGCAUUGAGCCAAACUUUCACAGUCUCUAUUCCAACUUUUUGGACACAUUGAAGAACCCGGAGUUUGUCAAGAUGGUUCUCAAUGAAACUUACAGGAAUAUCAAGGUGCUUCUAACCUCUGACAAAGCAGCUGCUAACUUCUCCGAUCGCUCCCUGCUCAAGAACCUUGGCCACUGGUUGGGCAUGAUCACUCUGGCCAAAAACAAGCCAAUCCUCUACACAGACCUGGAGCUCAAAUCUCUCUUGCUAGAAGCCUAUGUGAAAGGCCAGCAGGAGCUCCUCUAUGUGGUUCCCUUUGUGGCCAAAGUCUUGGAGUCUAGCCUACGGAGCAUGGUCUUCAGGCCUCAGAACCCUUGGACUAUGGCCAUCAUGAAUGUUCUCGCUGAGCUCCAUCAGGAACAUGACCUCAAGUUGAAUUUGAAGUUUGAGAUUGAAGUUCUGUGCAAGAACUUGUCUCUGGACAUCAACGAGCUGAAGCCAGGGAACCUGCUGAAGGACAAAGAGAAGCUGAAGAACCUCGAGGAGCAGCUGUCUGCACCAAAGAAAGAAGCGAAGCCUCCAGACGAAAUCCUGCCACCUCCUACCACAGGUGACUUUGUUCCGUUUCCAGCUCCUUCCACAACCCCAGCUGCCACCACCACCACCUGCACCACCACCGGGCCGCCCACGCCUCAGUUCAGUUACCAUGACAUCAAUGUCUACGCCCUGGCAGGCCUGGCUCCACAUAUCAACAUUAAUGUCAACAUCGCUCUGCUGCAGGCUCAUCCUCAGCUCAAACAGUGCGUGCGUCAGUCUGUGGAGCGAGCGGUCCAGGAGCUGGUGCACCCCGUGGUGGACCGUUCCAUCAAAAUAGCCAUGACAACAUGUGAGCAGAUCAUCAGGAAGGACUUUGCCCUGGAUUCGGAGGAGUCUCGCAUGCGCGUAGCCGCCCACCACAUGAUGAGAAACCUGACCGCUGGCAUGGCCAUGAUCACCUGCCGCGAGCCGCUGCUGAUGAGCAUCGCCACCAAUCUGAAGAACAGCUUUGCUGCGGCGCUCAGGGCACCAACGCCACAGCAGAGAGAAAUGAUGGAGGAGGCUGCAGCCAGGAUUGCUCAGGAUAACUGUGAACUGGCCUGUUGCUUCAUCCAGAAAACUGCUGUGGAGAAAGCUGGACCUGAAAUGGACAAGCGGCUGGCCACAGAGUUUGAGCUGAGGAAGCACGCACGGCAGGAAGGCCGUCGCUACUGUGACCCCGUCGUCCUAACCUACCAGGCUGAGCGCAUGCCGGAACAGAUCAGACUCAAGGUGGGAGGAGUGGACUCUAAACAGCUGGCUGUUUAUGAAGAGUUUGCGAGGAACAUUCCCGGUUUCUUACCCAGCAACGAUCUCUCCCAACCCACUGGCUUCCUGGCUCAACCCAUGAAGCAACAAGCCUGGGCCACUGACGACGUGGCUCAGAUCUACGAUAAAUGCAUCACAGACUUGGAGCAGCACCUUCAUGCCAUUCCUCCAGCGCUCGCCAUGAACCCGCUGACCCAGGGUCUGCGGAACCUGCUGGAAGCCGUGGCUUUGGCGCGAAACUCCAGGGAUGGCAUUGCUGCCCUUGGCCUCCUGCAGAAGGCCGUUGAAGGUCUCCUGGACGCCACCAGUGGUGCUGAUGCUGACCUGCUGCUUCGCUACAGAGAGUGCCACCUGCUGGUGCUGAAAGCUCUGCAGGAUGGACGGGCCUACGGACCGCAGUGGUGCAAUAAGCAGAUUACCAGGUGUCUGAUUGAAUGUCGGGAUGAAUACAAGUAUAACGUGGAAGCAGUGGAGCUUCUGAUCAGGAACCAUCUGGUGAACAUGCAGCAGUACGAUGUGCACCUGGCGCAGUCGAUGGAAAAUGGACUCCACUACAUGGCGGUCGCAUUCGCCAUGCAGCUGGUGAAGCUGCUGCUGGUGGACGAGCGCAGCGUGAGCCACGUCACCGAGGCAGACCUCUUCCAGACCAUCGAGAUUCUGAUGAGAACCUGCGCACACUCCAGAGCCAACGCACCAGAGGGGCUUCCCCAGCUGAUGGAUGUCGUUCGCUCCAAUUACGAAGCCAUGAUUGACCGAGCACACGGAGGGCCCAACUUCAUGAUGCACUCUGGGAUUUCCCAAGCUUCCGAAUACGAUGAUCCUCCAGGUCUGAGGGAGAAGGCAGAGUACUUGCUGAGAGAGUGGGUCAACCUGUAUCACUCAGCUGCAGCUGGCAGGGACAGCACCAAAGCUUUCUCUGCCUUCGUCGGCCAGAUGCACCAGCAGGGCAUACUGAAGACCGACGACCUGAUAACGCGGUUCUUCCGGCUGUGCACAGAAAUGUGCGUGGAGAUCAGCUAUCGUGCACAGGCUGAACAGCAGCACAACCCAGCAGCUAGCGUAGCCAUCAUCAGAGCCAAAUGUUACCACAACCUGGAUGCCUUCGUCCGGCUCAUAGCCCUGCUAGUGAAGCACUCUGGAGAGGCCACCAACACCGUGACAAAGAUCAAUCUGCUCAACAAGGUCCUGGGGAUUGUUGUCGGAGUGCUGAUCCAGGACCACGAUGUCCGUCACACAGACUUCCAGCAGCUGCCGUACCAUCGCAUUUUUAUCAUGCUGCUGUUGGAGCUCAAUGCGCCCGAACACGUCCUGGAGACCAUCAACUUCCAGACACUCACUGCCUUCUGCAACACGUUCCACAUCCUGAGACCCACCAAAGCUCCCGGCUUCGUGUACGCCUGGCUGGAACUGAUCUCCCAUCGCAUCUUCAUUGCCAGGAUGCUGGCGCACACUCCCCAGCAGAAGGGUUGGCCCAUGUACGCACAGCUGCUGAUUGACCUCUUUAAGUAUCUGGCUCCCUUCCUGAGGAACGUAGAGCUCAACAAACCUAUGCAAAUCCUCUACAAGGGCACACUGAGGGUGCUUCUGGUCCUGUUGCAUGAUUUCCCAGAGUUCCUCUGUGAUUACCAUUAUGGCUUCUGUGAUGUUAUCCCACCCAACUGCAUCCAGCUCCGCAACCUUAUCCUCAGUGCCUUCCCACGCAACAUGAGGCUUCCGGAUCCCUUCACACCCAACCUAAAGGUGGACAUGCUGAGCGAGAUAAACAUCGCUCCCCGUAUCCUCACCAACUUCACAGGCGUCAUGCCGUCUCAGUUCAAGAAGGAUCUGGACUCCUACCUGAAGACUCGCUCACCUGUGACUUUCCUGUCUGAGCUUCGCAGCAACUUGCAGGUGUCGAAUGAGCCAGGAAACCGCUACAACAUCCAGCUGAUCAACGCGUUAGUGUUGUAUGUCGGCACACAGGCCAUCGCUCACAUCCACAACAAGGGCAGCACCCCGUCCAUGAGCACCAUCACACACUCUGCACACAUGGACAUCUUCCAGAACCUGGCUGUGGACCUGGACACUGAAGGGCGAUACUUGUUCCUGAACGCGAUAGCCAAUCAGCUGCGCUACCCAAACAGCCACACCCACUACUUCAGCUGCACCAUGCUCUACCUGUUUGCUGAGGCCAACACCGAGGCCAUUCAGGAGCAAAUCACCAGGGUUCUGCUUGAGAGGCUGAUCGUCAACAGACCUCACCCCUGGGGACUCCUCAUCACCUUCAUCGAGCUGAUCAAGAAUCCUGCCUUCAAGUUCUGGAGUCACGACUUUGUUCACUGUGCACCUGAGAUCGAAAAGUUGUUCCAGUCCGUGGCUCAGUGCUGCAUGGGGCAGAAGCAGGCCCAGCAGGUGAUGGAGGGCACCGGUGCCAGCUAACCGUGUCAGAGAGAUGCCGUGGCCUUCGCCCAUCCCAUCACCACACACCCAGCUCCCAAUUCACUGUUGGCACUGGAUAAACUGGCAACCACAGUUUCAUUGUUUUAUUUUUCUAUUAAAUGUGGCCGGAAGGACUACUGUUCAUGGAUCUAAGGAGUUUUGUUUUCCCCCUUUGGGAUGGAAAGAACAGGAGGAGAAAUGCUGUUUAAAAUGCUUCUUUUGUUGUAAAUAUUGAAAAAAAAAAAAAAAAAAAAAACAGAGAGCAGGGAAGUGGAUGAAUGAAUUAAAGUUCACGUUUGGUUAAAACGUACCUUUGACAUGUAAAGACACCUGAAGAGUUUCACUACCAAAGUCUUUGGUUUGCUUCCCUCCCACACAGAUCUUGAUUUGUGACUUUACUUUGCUUCCUGAGGCUGAAUGGUUGACGGUUGAAGAGAAGAAACUGCCUGCUACUUUUAUUUGGUUCUUUGAGGUUUUUUUGUUGUUGUUGUUUUUGUUUUUUUUCUGAGUGGGACUAAAAGUUGAGGUCAAGUCUCUCAGGUGCGAUGGUGGUGGAGACUGGUUGCUGAUGGUUUGUCCAUUUCAAACUGGUUCUGGAGGUUUCUCUCCCUGGCACUUGUAAAAAAUGUGCAAAGUGAUGAUAACAUCGUAAAUGACAACAUGUACAAAGUUCCGAACUGAAGAACAAUAGAAGGACCAAUACAGCCCAUUUUGUAACAUUUUGAAUGUUUUGUAAAUGUAUUGGUCCGUGUGUUGUAUUUUGUAGUUCUUUCUAGUUUGCCUUUAGUUCUUGCUACUUUAACUGCAGUAUGCGUAAAUAAAGAAAAUAAAGCAUUGAA